CGUUCCUCCGUUCUCGAGUAACCGGGCAGGAGGAGGCGAGCGCGAUCAGACCUCCAGGUGUGUGUAGAUGUACGUGUGUGUUCCAGUCACACCUGGAUGCAUCAUGUGAUCAGAUACCUGGGCGUGGAGCUAGCGUUCAGUGUGUUAGUCGGUAACGGGAAUCUCGGAACCGCAGAUCUCUUGUCGCUCCGCGCGUGAGUGACAUGUGAACUUUCCGUGCACCGGGAAUCUAUUCCUCUCAAUCUAAAGGGAAUCCGUGGUCUGGACGCUGCAACCGCUGCCAAGAUUUUCCCACUCAUCUUCCUCUGGGGCGGCAGACUGUAAGAUAUCUUGAGACUAAACGAUAGGAAGACAAGACAAGAGAACAGGGCCGGAAGACAACACAUGCUGGAUACAAAUUCACCUCCACCUGAGCUCUGUAUUAAUGCGCCAAGUUGCAUCAACCCUUUACAACACCGCAAACAACCUGCAGCAAUGGCCACCUGGUUACCAGCGUUCGUACUGGUGCUACAAGUAACUGCUGCAUCCUCCGAAGAGCCCAUACUGGAGUUUUCCACGGACUCGCCCAUCAAUAAUGUGGCACAAGACCCACAGACUGGUCGUGUUUACCUGGGUGCUGUCAAUGCCAUUUAUCAGUUGAACUCUUCAUUGCACCUUGAGGCCAGAGCUGAAACGGGGCCCAAGAAAGAUGCGAGGGGUUGCACCCCUCCGGUGUCUACUUGCCAGGACCUGAAAGACACCAACAACACCAAUAAACUCUUGCUGGUUCAUUCGGCUAAUGGGUCACUGAUAGUCUGUGGGAGUUUGUACCGAGGAAUCUGCUCUCUGCUCAACCUCACCAACGUCAAAGAGCAAAUAUACUACAGCGACAGCAAAGGGGAGCGGACCUACGCCACCAGCACUGAAGAGCACGUUUCCGUGGUAGGAGUCAUGGCCACGCUUGAAAUCGACGAUAAACCGUUUAGCGUCUUUUUAGUAGGGAAGGGCUACGGAAGCAUGGACAGCUCCAAACUCAUCAGCACCAGAAUCAUGCAGAACUACCGCGACUGGGUCGUGUUCGAGAGCAUCAUCGAGGCGUCUACUGUCCAGGCGGUUCCCUUUGUGCCCAAGUACCUGCACGACUUCCGCUUCGCCUUCAAAAACGACAACUUCGUCUACUUCCUCUUUUCACGCACUCUCGGCGGAACGGACAACAAGAACUUUACUUUCGUUUCGCGCCUCUGCGAAAACGACAAUCACUAUUAUUCGUACACGGAGCUUCAGCUUAGUUGUGGUCUGAAGAAUCGCUAUAACAAAGUCCAGGCUGCGUAUUUGACAGAACCGGGGAAAAUGCUGGCCCAGGCCAUAUCUGAAUCCGGAGACUAUGGGAAUGUCCGGGAGUGGGAUAAAGUCCUGUUUGUGGUAGCUAGCUCAGAGGAAGGGGCCACCGAAUCAGCUCUGUGUAUGUAUCCCCUUAAAAACAAUUAUAUUUUUAAAAAAUACAUUGUGAACCACUAUAAGUGCGGAGCCGAUUUUCUCCCAUCUCCGUUGGCCAGUCGACAGGAGUUUGCCUUGAAGGCCAAUCCGGUCUUCAUCAGGCAGAACCUGCUGACUGCAGUGGCCGUGGCUGUCGAGAAUGAUCACACCGUUGCUUUUCUGGGACACAAUGCCGGAGAGGUGAUCAAGGUACAUUUGUCAAGCCAUCCAGAGGCGUACAACCCCGGUCCGGGCUACAAAACCAGCGGCUACGUAAAUAAGAACCUUUUCUUUGACAAAACCCAGGCGCACUUGUACAUCACCACCGAGAAAAAGAUCACAAAGGUGCCUGUACAGGCCUGCCAUCUGAAGUUGGACUGCCAGUCGUGCGUCGCUCAGAGAGAUCCGUACUGUGGCUGGUGUGUCCUGGAGGGAAGAUGCACCAGGAGAUCGGAGUGCAGUCGCGCGGAGGAAAAGAACGGUUGGCUGUGGAGUCCAAACCAACAGUGUGUGAAAAUCGUCUCUUUCCACCCGCCAAAUCUCAGCUGCUUGAAGUCCCAGCAGGUUGAGAUAAACGUCCGAUCGCUGCUGAUCCUCAGAGAUUCAGACCGGAUCCUCUGCGCCUUCGGCUCUUAUCAGAGCAACGGCAGGAUGGUGGACGGCCGAAUCAGUUGCCGCUUACCUGAGCAGCAUCUUAUACCGCUGACACCUGCGCACCAAGAUUUCGUGGCGGUUCCAGUCCACAUCUUUGUGAACGGUAGCGUGCAGUUCGCGUCCAGCGAGUACAAGUUCUACAACUGCGCAGCGGCAGUCCGGAAAGCAGAAAAUACACCAUGCACUUCCUGUGUAAGCAGCGCUUGGGGAUGUCAGUGGAACAUUGCGGCGCACACCUGCAUGGAUCUGAGCGAUGCGGAAACCGGCGCCAAUAUAAUUAAACACAGACAGAACAAGAGCUGUCCGCGGUUCGAGAACCCAGAUCCCGUCCUUAUCCCGGUCGGAUACAAAACCCGGAUCAGUUUUGAGGGCAUCAAUCUGGACCCGUACAAGGGUCGUGAUUUCACCAUCGGAACAGAGCUGAUGAAUUUUGAGGAAGAUGUCAAGACAGAGCUGGGACCCUUCUACUCUUUCAGCGGUUAUACGUUUUCCUUUGAUAAAGCUCAUGAGACCAACGUUCUGUUCCACGUAAGAGACAAAUACACGGGAAAGAAGAUCGACAGCAGUCUUAGCGUCACUCUGUAUAACUGCUCUCUGGGACGUGAAGACUGCAGCCUGUGUAAGAACGCCGACCCCAAAUAUCAGUGUGUGUGGUGCACGCAGUCCAGCUCGUGUGUGUACGACCAGCUCUGUGCCUCGAAAGAGCCGGAGGAGUGUCCCGACCCCCAGAUCACUGACAUCACGCCGAGAUUCGGGCCGCUGAAAGGAGGAAUAGCUGUAACUAUUAAGGGCUCGAACCUUGGCAUUCAGAAGGAUGACAUUAAAAACAUCACAGUGGCUGGGGUGCCGUGCAAACACCUGCGGGAACGAUACUCCGUCUCAACCAGUGUGGUGUGUGAAAUCGGCCCGGCGAAACUGUACAAAACCGGAGAGGUGGAAAUCGAGGUGGGCAGAGGAAAGAAAGGCAUAUCCACAAAAACGGUCCGCUUCACCUACAGGGACCCUGUAGCACAGAGCGUGUCUCCUGAACGAGGUCCUAAAGCAGGAGGAACCAUCCUCACAAUCACUGGGAUGAACCUGAACACCGCUUCAAAAGAAGACCUUCAAAUCAUGGUGGGCGAUGUGCCCUGCCGAGUUGAGAGCUUCGGAGAGCGGAUCACCUGUAAACUGUCUGAGUAUCUGGGCGAUACGGUUCCGUCGGCUCACCUCACCUUCAGAGUUCAAUACGGCAAACACACCACAACCUGUCUGGAUCUUUUAAUUAAAGUAGUUGUUGUGUGUUUGUCUGGCAGUGUGGUGUGUGAAAUCGGCCCGGCGAAACUCUACAAAACCGGAGAGGUGGAAAUCGAGGUGGGCAGAGGAAAGAAAGGCAUAUCCACAAAAACAGUCCGCUUCACCUACAGGGACCCCGUGGCACAAAGCGUGUCUCCUAACCGAGGUCCUAAAGCUGGAGGAACCGUCCUCACUAUCACUGGCAUGCACCUGAACACCGCUUUAAAAGAAGACCUUCAAAUCAUGGUGGGCGACGUGCCCUGCAGAGUUGAGAGCUUUGGAGAGCAGAUCAGAUGUAAACUGUUUGAGUAUCUGGGCGAGACGGUUCCAUCGCCUCACCUCAACGUCAAAGUUCAAUAUGGCAAACACACCACAACCACCAUCAGGACGGCCUUUCAGUUCUCCAGCAACCCCUCUGUGUCCGACCAUCAACCCAGGAGCAGCUUCAUCUGUGGUGGCAGACAAAUCAUGGUGGUGGGUUCUGGAUUUGACCUGGUCCAGAAGGCUACCAUCAAGGUGGUGGCGUCGGCUGGAGAAUGGUCCGGACAGACCGUCCCAGAGGAGUUUGUAGAGCGAUCCAAGCACAAAAACGACACCGUGAUCAUGUUCCUGUCACCUGUGGUCAACGAGUCUCAGUUCUUCAGGACUUACGUGCAGCUCGAUAACCUCCAGACGGAGCUGACGCCGUUUGAGUAUCACCCCGACCCUACAUUCGAUCGCCUCAGCAAGACGGAUAUCACUGAGAACAGCAUGAUCAUCGUCACUGGUCGUGGCUUUUCUAAAGCGAUGACGGCGAAGGAGGCGCAGGCGUUUGUGGGAGACGCCCCGUGUAAUGUAAACACGUUACAGGAUGAUAAAUUAUUCCUGGACCCGCCCUCAACCACACCCAGUGCUCGAUCCAAGAGACAGAGGAGAGACACCAGCUCCGACCCGCUGGACCUGGUGAUUAAGUUUGGCAAUGGCGAGUGGUUGGUCGGCUCAGUUCGGUACGAGAGGAAGUACAAUCUCCCGCUGCCCAUCAUCAUCCCGGCGGUGCUUGUUCCCAUGCUGCUGAUUAUCGCCAUCUCCGUCGUCUGCUACAGGAGGAAGAGCCAGCAGGCAGAGCGAGAGUACGAGAAAGUGAAGCAUCAGCUGGAGAAUCUGGAGGAGAGUGUUCGUGACCGCUGCAAAAAAGAGUUCACAGAUCUGAUGAUCGAAAUGGAGGACCACACUAACGACAUUAGCGAGGGCCGGAUCCCGUUCCUGGACUACAAGACCUACACCGACCGCGUCUUCUUCCUGCCCUCGAAGGAUGGCGCCAACGACGUCAUGAUCACCGGCAAACUGGAUAUCCCAGAAUCCCGCAGGGCUACGGUCACCCAGGCGCUGAACCAGUUCUCCAACCUGCUCAACAGCAAAACUUUCCUCAUCAAUUUUAUCAGAACGCUGGAGGGCCGUCCGGAUUUUAACGCCAGGGCCAAAGUGUAUUUCGCAUCUCUGCUGACCGUAGCGCUUCACGGUAAACUGGAGUAUUACACAGACAUCAUGAGGACGCUUCUGCUGAGGCUCAUGGAGGAUUACGUUCACAGCAAGAACCCUAAGCUGCUGCUCCGCAGGUGAGAUGCCGUCUGACACUGCAUGCUAAGGUGGAGAAAUGGUUGUCUGUGUAAUGUGCUGGUGUUUGUUCAGGACAGCGCCGGAGAGCCGCUCUACAAACUCUUCAGAGCCAUAAAGCACCAGAUUGAAAAGGGGCCGGUGGACGCACAGGUCAAGAAAGCCAAGUACACGCUGAAUGACACUGGCCUUCUCGGAGAUGACGUGGAGUACGUUGUGCUGACGCUGCAGGUGCAGGUUCAGGGCGAGGGGCCCGACAUCACCCCCGUGAAGGUGCUGAACUGUGACACCAUCUCUCAGGUGAAGGAGAAGAUCAUCGAGCAGGUGUACAAAAACCAGCCGCACUCUCAGAGACCCAAAGUAGACAGCGUCACCCUCGAAUGGCGGCCCGGCUCCACGGGACAGAUCCUGUCAGAUCUAGACGUGACGUCGCAGAAGGAGGGCAGAUGGAGACGUAUCAAUACGCUGGCACACUAUAACGUAUGUGAUAAUGCAGCGGUGGUCCUUUCCAGAGUGCAGCACACGCAGCAGUCGUACGACCAAAAUCAUGAUAACCAUGAAGAGAGAAACGCCCUGCUGGAGGAUGAUAAAGUUUUUCACCUGGUGCGACCGGCCGAUGAGCUGGAUGAGAUGAAAUCCAAGAGAGGCAGUAUAAAGGACAAAUCCAUGACCAAAGCCAUCACUGAGAUCUAUCUGACCCGACUGCUCUCCGUCAAGGGUACGCUGCAGCAGUUCGUGGAUGAUUUCUUUCGCAGUGUGCUCUGUUCUGGCGCCAGCGUCCCGCCGGCGGUUAAAUACUUUUUCGACUUCCUGGAUGAGCAAGCCCUUAGACAUGAGAACGUAGAUGAAGAAACCAUACACAUCUGGAAGACCAACAGUUUGCCGCUGCGUUUCUGGGUAAACAUACUGAAGAACCCUCACUUCAUUUUUGACGUGCAUGUGAGCGAGGUCGUGGACGCCUCUCUGUCUGUCAUAGCUCAGACCUUCAUGGACGCCUGCACAAAAACAGAGCACAAACUCAGUCGGGAUUCUCCCAGCAACAAAUUACUCUAUGCAAAGGAGAUCUCCACCUACAAAAGGAUGGUAGACGAGUACUAUACAGGAAUCCGGCAGAUGGUGUCAGUCAGUGACCAGGAAAUGAACACACAUCUGGCUGAAGUGUCACGGGCGCACACAGACAAACUGAACACUCAAGUGGCUCUUCAUCAGCUCUACCGGUACGCCAGCAAAUACUACGAUGGGAUCAUCAUGUCUCUGGAUGAAGAUCCUGCUGCCCAGAGUAAACAGUUAACACUGAGACUGCAGCAGAUCGCCGCAGCGCUGGAGAACAAAGUGACUGACCUCUAACCCUGUCCGAACGAACGCUCUCAGUGUGUAUUUAGCUCAUCACUAUAAUCAGAUGUUCAAUUUCUUCCUGUGUAGAGACAAAAGGUUUUAAGAAUCGUAUUCUAUAUUUUUUUUAAUGUGCAGUCUUUAUGCAGAAAGCUUUAUAAGAGGAAAAUAACUUUUUAAAUAGACGGCCUUGUAUCAGUUGUUUUUAAAGCUUCUGUGUGUGUGUGUGUGUGUGUGUGUGAAAGGAUGCCUAUAUUUUGACCAAAAGGGAGCUGCCUAUGACCCUGCAGUGUGUGUGAGCAGGGGGUGUGCCUACGGUGAGGUCACAUGUGGUCUCGUCCAAUCAAAAGCAGCUGAAGGUGACAGCAGGAUUUGCAUGGGAUGUGUUCGGAACAGCAUACUAGCAUAUUACCCAUACUAAGUCACAUUUACCACUGUUCGGUAUGUUUUCACGGACAGAUCCAUGCUGAAAUUUCGCUAAUGUGACCACACCUUAACACAAGAGUAUACUGCACAAAAUACUAUAUCCCACAAUGCAAUGCACUCAUCCUGACCUUCUAUUUUCAGCGUGAUCUAAUAUCAGCUAUCAUUAUUAACACCUUUUUAACUUAUUAUUUGAGCCAAAAGUUGAGACAUUUCGACACAAAAUAGUGUGUGCUGCACUGCAGUAUGCUAGUAUGUUAUUCCAAACAUAUCCGUUUAGACGAUCAAAUGGCCGUCCAUUUCAUAACCAACUGUUUCUGUUCAGCCAUAUGGACUCACUAGUAGAUCCACAAAUAAUCAACACAGGCAAUAAUAAGUUGUCAUGAGGCAUUUCUUUUUUUUACCUGUGCAAAGCCUUUAUUUCAGUUUACUUCAGAAAAUUGUUUUAUUGUGAGAACUUUGCUACUGACUGAAUUUAUUACAUAAAGCACAAACGGUCGAUGUACAGGACAGAUUUUUGGCCGUUUCUGAAACAAUGCCUGAAACAGGCUGUAUGCAAGAGUAUAGAUGUUUUCAAUUUCAGCUUGCAUAGACUGUGUUUCUGGCCUGAGAUGGUUGAGCAAAGCUGAGAGGAUUGACUGAAAACUUCUCAUCCGACUGUUUGCGGCUCUAUUGGAAAGGGUUUAGAUGUGUGAUCUGGAUCAUUAAUGGCUUUAUUUUGGCAGGGAGGAUAAUGACACGCUAAUUUGUUUGUUAAUUGCCACUAAACAAGAUGGUACGGUAGCACUCAGCCAAAAUUCUGCUCCCAGAGACGCUUUUAUCUUUGGACAAAACUUUUUUUUACAGCUAUGUAACAUUUGCUUGUCAUCUUAAAGACAUCAAGAAAAGGCUUGAAGCAUUUUGUUUUGCGUUACAGGCUGAAA